AGAAGCAGCGGGAGCUGGCUCGGAAGGGCUCCCUGAAGAACGGCAACAUGGGAAGCCCAGUUAACCAGCAGCCCAAGAAGAACAACGUGAUGGCACGAACAAGGCUCGUCGUUCCCAAUAAAGGCUAUUCAUCACUAGACCAGAGUCCAGAUGAGAAGCCCCUGGUAGCCCUGGAUACGGACAGUGAUGAUGAUUUUGACAUGUCCAGAUAUUCCUCUUCGGGAUACUCAUCAGCUGAGCAGAUCAACCAAGACUUGAACAUCCAGCUGCUAAAGGAUGGAUACCGGUUAGAUGAGAUACCAGACGACGAGGACCUCGACCUAAUCCCCCCUAAAUCGGUCAACCCUACCUGCAUGUGUUGCCAAGCCACCUCCUCCACUGCCUGUCACAUCCAGUAGUGAGGCCAGCAGGCUGUGAUCAGUGCUUUCCACUAUAAUUGUAAAAUUUAACAGCCAUUGCUUCCUCCUAUGGUAGGACGUGCACCUCUUUGUGUUCAUGGAGCCAGGAGAAACCAAAAAUCCAUUUUAUGAUUGGUUGAUAAGUUAUUUUAAGCUAUGAUUAAAUGAAGCAGAAGUUGCUCAAAGUGCCAGGCAGUGCCUAGCAGAACUGACUGGUCUGGAGAAUGAAUGCAGAAGGGCCUAAAUAUACCUCCUAAGUAGGCACUGGAGAUGGUUUGUAAGGUGUCUCUUCCAGAAUGGGAAGGAUCAGAUGGGGCGCCAGGUAAUCCUACCCCACAAAACCAAUCCAUUUGCAAGAUCAGGUCUGAGUCUGAGAUUCCAGGUAUUUUUAACCAAAGGAGGAGGUCAGUUCUUAAUUCAUUCACUAAACCUGAUCAGUUUGUGUCAACCAAAAUUAUUCCAUAAUCAGGGCACGGGAAGGGGAACGGAGUAGAGCAUCCAAUAUUAUGGCAGGUCUAGCCAGGAGUAACAUAACACAAUUCUUUCAGUUGCAAAGAAAACAAGUAGGUGGCAUUUCACUCUGAGUCAGUACUAGCUAGAGCUGUCAUGUCACAUACCAAUGCAAUCUACCCUUAGUUCCACAUUAAAUUCUCCUCAAUCAGAUCA